AAUACGUAACACCGUCCGAUCCAAAUCCAACGGCACGAAGAGAAACCCUAACGGAGCAAGUCUUGAAAGCUUCGACCCUCCUGGAUAAAAGGCUCGCAGUGCUCCCAUUGAAAGCCCUCUCCACCUCUCGGUUCUCGUCGCCCCAAUUCUUUCUCCGGAGGGUACGAUCUCCCCUUCGCCGACCGAGCCAUCAUGGGAAAGGAAAAGGUACACAUUAACAUUGUGGUCAUUGGCCAUGUUGAUUCUGGCAAGUCGACCACCACCGGGCACCUUAUCUACAAGCUUGGUGGUAUUGACAAGCGUGUGAUUGAGAGAUUCGAAAAGGAAGCAGCUGAAAUGAACAAGAGGUCGUUCAAGUAUGCUUGGGUUCUUGACAAGCUGAAGGCCGAGCGAGAACGUGGUAUCACAAUUGAUAUUGCUCUCUGGAAGUUCGAGACCACAAAGUACUACUGCACUGUCAUUGAUGCCCCUGGGCAUCGUGACUUCAUCAAGAACAUGAUCACAGGCACAUCCCAGGCUGACUGUGCUGUCCUUAUCAUAGACUCCACAACUGGUGGUUUUGAAGCUGGUAUCUCAAAGGAUGGACAGACCCGUGAACAUGCAUUGCUUGCCUUUACUCUUGGUGUCAAGCAGAUGAUCUGCUGCUGCAACAAGAUGGAUGCCACUACUCCGAAGUACUCGAAGGCUAGGUAUGAUGAAAUUGUCAAGGAAGUUUCUUCCUACUUGAAGAAGGUUGGUUACAAUCCUGAGAAGAUUCCCUUUGUUCCCAUCUCUGGGUUUGAAGGCGAUAACAUGAUUGAGAGGUCCACCAACCUGGACUGGUACAAGGGUCCGACCCUUCUUGAGGCCCUUGACCUGAUCCAGGAGCCAAAGAGGCCCUCAGACAAGCCCCUUCGCCUUCCUCUUCAGGAUGUCUACAAGAUUGGAGGUAUUGGCACUGUCCCAGUUGGACGAGUUGAAACUGGUACCCUCAAACCUGGUAUGGUUGUUACUUUUGGUCCCUCGGGUCUGACAACUGAAGUCAAGUCAGUUGAAAUGCACCAUGAAGCCCUCCAGGAAGCUCUCCCUGGUGACAAUGUGGGCUUCAAUGUGAAGAAUGUUGCUGUCAAGGAUCUCAAGAGAGGUUAUGUUGCAUCAAACUCAAAGGAUGAUCCUGCCAAGGAGGCUGCCAGCUUCACUUCUCAGGUCAUCAUUAUGAACCAUCCUGGACAGAUUGGCAAUGGCUAUGCCCCUGUCCUUGAUUGCCACACCUCACACAUUGCUGUUAAGUUUUCUGAGAUCCUCACCAAGAUUGACAGACGAUCAGGGAAGGAGCUUGAGAAGGAGCCCAAAUUUUUGAAAAAUGGUGAUGCGGGUUUUGUUAAGAUGAUUCCCACCAAGCCCAUGGUUGUCGAGACCUUCUCUGCGUACCCACCUCUUGGUCGAUUUGCUGUGAGGGACAUGCGCCAGACAGUGGCAGUGGGUGUCAUCAAGAGCGUGGAGAAGAAGGAUCCAACUGGUGCCAAGAUCACCAAGGCAGCUGCCAAGAAGAAGUGAACAGUGUCAUUGUGUGCCUGGGUAUUGGCAAUGAUAAUAUUAGACUGUUUUGAUGUUGUGGCGAUGAUAAUAUUAGACUGCUUUGAUGUUUGUUUUAAGAGUAUUGGUAGAGGGGGCAGCCUUCAUCUCGGUUUUCUGCUCCCAUUUUCUCAAAAUGGUGGUGGUGGCUUUUGAGCAGUAGAAUGCCAAACUGGAUUCUUGACCGGAGGUGGCAGUUCUCAUAGCAAAUCGUUUUCCUUGCAACAGACCUUAAAAUUCAGUGAAGCUCUCUUGCUUUUCUAUUUAAGUAUGAGAAUUUUGGACAUCUGAUUUAUAAUUUUGAGACAACGUUUACUAUUUUAAGCGCCUCUCUUUCUUUUA